AUGGCAUCAGACGAAAUUGUUUGGCAGGUUAUCAACCAGCAAUUCUGCUCUUUCAAGCUGAAAACUACCAAAGAGAAGAACUUUUGUCGUAACGAAUACAAUGUCACUGGUCUAUGCAAUCGUCAAUCAUGCCCCCUCGCAAACUCCCGCUAUGCGACCGUUCGCGCAAAUCCCGACACUGGAACCCUUUACCUCUACAUGAAAACCAUCGAGCGUGCGCACAUGCCUUCGAAGCUAUGGGAACGUAUCAAGCUAUCUCAGAACUAUGCCAAAGCACUGCAGCAAGUUGAUGAGCGAUUAAUAUACUGGCCGAAUUUCUUGAUCCAUAAAUGCAAGCAGAGACUUACGCGGUUGACGCAAGUGGGGAUUCGGAUGAGGAGAUUGGCAAAGGAGGAUGAGCGAUUAGGAGAGAAGAUUGUUCCGAAAUUGGCGCCGAAAGUAAGGAGGAGAGAGGAGACAAGAGAGAGAAAAGCAGAGGCUGCGGCGAAGGUUGAGAGGGCUAUUGAAAGGGAGCUCAUUGAACGGUUGAGGAGUGGUGCGUAUGGCGAUCAGCCGCUUAAUGUCAGUGAGGCCAUUUGGAAGAAGGUGCUUAAGGGCCUGGAGAGGGGAGGCGAGGGAACCAGAGAUGAGGAUCUGGACGAGGGGAUUGAGGAAGAGGAGAUGGAGGGCGAAGAGGAAUUUGAGGAUGAAGAAGGGGUUGGCGAUGUGGAGUAUGUCAGUGAUCUUGGGGAGGAAGAGGAAGAUCUAGGAGAUUUGGAAGAUUGGCUGGGAAGUGAGGAGGAGGCGGCUACUGAUGAAGAUGAAGAAGAUGAUAGUGAGAGUAGCAGUGAGGACGAGGAUGCGAAGACUGGUGCUAGUGCGAAGAGGAAGAAGGGUCCUAUAUCGAAGGCCAAGCCGAAGAAGAAGAUGGCGAGGAUGGAGAUCGAGUACGAAGAAGAGGCUCCUCCUCGACAACUGGCUGUCAAUUGA